AGAGUAGCUCUGGCCGGUGUGCUCAGGCAGACGGGCGACUGCUCUCAUCCACAUCAUUACCAUCCUCCUCCUCCUCCUUUAGCUACUGAGUCACCAUCACUCCCCUCUAGCUGGGCUCCUCACAUGCAAUAUUUACAUACAGGCUGACACCCGGAGCAUCCCACAUCCAACACAACCACAGCUCUGCACACGAACACACAGACACACACAGCCUCACAUCUGAUCAGAGCAUCACAAUAGGAAAGUGCCCCAUCUGGGUAUCACAGCCCUGCCAAGUACCCAGCACAUCAUCCUUCACACACACAGACACACACAGCUGGAUGUGGCCAGUUACACACAGCAGCCUCACACUCACAUACAGGCAAAGACACCCUGGUACACAGUAAAGCCAUAAGCUGUCGGUAAAUAGAUGGCUCUGCGCUGGGAUUGUGUCUGCUGCUGAUGCCCUUAUUGGUUUAUACACUCCCAGAAUACACAGUAAGUUUGUAGUGCGGCAUAUCCCCACCCUACACAAGGAGCAGACACCCAGCCAGACAGGCUGCAGCCUCAUUCUGCACAUUACCUGCCUGCCCAGCAGCUGAACCCAGUCACAGCAUGAAGCAAGCCCUGCUGGAGGUAAUGAGGAUGAAUAGGAUCUGCAGGAUGGUGCUGGUCACAUGUUUGGGAUCUUUCGUCCUGGUCAUCUUCUAUUUCCAAAGUAUGUUGCACCCAGUUAUGCACAGAAAUCCAUUUGGAAUGGGCAUUUGCUGUCGGAAGGGUUCCAGGAGCCCGCUGCAAGAGCUAUACAAUCCAACACAGUUGGAACUGUCCAGCAAUGCUGUCCUGCACCAGAUGAGGCGAGACCAGGUGACAGACAUAUGCCGAGCAAACAGUGUGAUGAGCAGGAAACGCCGCGUUUUGACACCAAAUGAUCUGAAGCAUUUAGUGGUGGACGAAGAUCAUGAAAUGAUCUAUUGCUAUGUGCCAAAAGUAGCGUGUACAAACUGGAAGAGGGUCAUGAUGGUGCUCACUGGAAGAGGUAAAUAUAGCAACCCCAUGGAAAUACCAGCCAAUGUGGCCCAUGUAUCAGCCAACUUGAAAACCCUUAACCAGUACAGCAUACCAGAAAUCAACCACAGGCUAAAGAAUUACAUGAAGUUCCUCUUUGUCCGUGAACCUUUUGAAAGACUGGUUUCAGCCUACAGAAAUAAAUUCACCCAAAAAUACAACACCUCCUUUCACAAACGCUAUGGCACAAAAAUAGUCCGGCGACAGAGGAAAAAUGCCACCCAGGAGGCACUGCACAACGGCAAUGACGUCAAGUUUGAAGAGUUUGUGGCUUACCUUAUAGACCCCCACACCCAAAAAGAAGAGCCUUUCAAUGAGCACUGGCAGACUGUGUUUUCUCUCUGUCACCCAUGUCACAUCCACUAUGAUCUUAUUGGCAAAUAUGAAACACUAGAAGAAGAUUCCAAUUAUGUACUGCAUCUGGCUGGAGUUGGUGACUACCUGAAAUUCCCCACUUUUGCAAAAUCCACAAGAACUACUGAUGAAAUGACAGCAGAGUUCUUCCAGAACAUCAGCUCAGAGCAUCAAGCGCAACUGUAUGAAGUCUACAAACUUGAUUAUCUAAUGUUCAAUUACUCCAUGCCAUCCUACUUGAAAUUAGAAUGAGAACCAGUGCUGUUUCCAUUUAAGAUUUUUUUUUGUUAUUAUGUGGAUAUUUUUUUUUUUUUGUAAAUUAAUGGUACAGGGGUAAAUUGGUUUGGGCUGCGAGCAGCACAAACAAAAAAAUAUUUAAAUUUCUUCAUAAGGAAGGACAGCUCUCUUUAUAGGAUAAGAGAAAUUAAAGCUAGUUUGGAGAAGCGCAAACUGCUACGACACUGCUCUCAAUUUCCAUGGCGCCUUUUCUCUCUGUAUAAAUGGUCUAUAAAUUAUUUAUAGUUAUUUAAGCAAUGUCUCUAAGUAUGAUAAAGUCUAUGUCGCUAUAUGCAUACAUGUAUUUAUAUGUGUAUGUGUAUAAAUAUCUGUGUGCGUGUAUAUACAUAUUUAUGUAUAUAAUAUGUACAUAUUUUUAAAGAAAAGCCAAAUAUUAGGAUAUUUUCAUUGAACCAUGGUCAUGUCUUUCCAGUGAACAAAUGAUUUAUCAGGGCUAAUAGAAUUAUUUAAAAAGUAACUUUUUUUUUUUUUGUCAGCCAAAUUCAGCUCCGAAUCCCUAGGCGUGUGCUUUUAUACUAGAUAAAAAGAUACCUAUUACAUUUUACUCUAUGAGGAAAAAAGACAUGACACAGGUAGAGACGUGCUAAGAAAUGAUGUAAGAAAUUUGAACGAAUUAUGUUUCAAUAUUUAUAAAGGACUAAAAUUUCCAUGUGGAAAUUGCAUAGAUCAAUUGAACUUCCUUUCUUGUUCCCAUUAUCUUUUUAUUGAUUUUUCUUUUGGGUGUACAGUUAAUGCAAAAUGCUAGGCAGAACAGCCUAGUGCAGAUCUUUCGGAAUCGGAAAUAUUAACUGCUGUAUGAAAACCAGCUACAGAGGACUGGAAGCAUUGAAACGAAACAAAAACACACGGAAAUCUGUUAAGGACAGUGUUAAAAUCUGGACUUGAACAUUCAUUGAUACAACAACAAGCUUCAUUGCGAUCAAGUGGGAAAGUUAUGUUCUCUAUUAACUCUAUUAACUUUUUUACAAUUAACCAUGCAUUUUUGGAAUGUUUAUGCAAAUGGACAGUGUUUCUAGAAAUCUAGAGAAGUUUUCAAAGUCCACUUGCUCAAGGCUUGGUGUGUACAAUCCCAGCAGAGAUAAAAACAGACGAAUUUUCGCUAAAGACACAAAAUAUGUCCCAGCAAUGCUCAGUUCCAGUUCCAAAAAAACGCCUUAUUUAUGCAAGAAUAUACAUCAUAUUCCAUUGUAUGUCAUCUCUGCAAGCAGUCUUUGGAAUAAAUGAUACAUUGUGUGUGACUUACCUGCUGUAAAUGUUUUAUACCAUUCACAAGGGCCAUAAUACAAAAAUAAACGGCCCCUGUGUGUGGCUAAGGCCUAAUUAAUUUCAAAUACAGCUUAAUAUUAAGCUUAGUAUUCCUAGGUAGUGAUCUUGGUGCCCUUUGGCAUCAGUGCUAAUGAGAGGUGUGUAUGUUAAUUAGUCGUGUCAUGCUUAGUAAAAUUUGUUUUCCUGCUGGUCAGUCAACAAAUGUCUUGGAUGUUCCAUUUUAUUGCUUUGCUUCUUUUUUUUUUAAUGCUGUUCACAAUUGUAUGUCUUCAAUUAAUAGCAUUAUUGAAGACUAGGUAAUGAUCAACAACAAUCUGCAGUCCCGUUGGGAGCAUUUUGGAUCGACAGAUGUCCAUUUUGUACAUACAGUACUUUUCUCUUAUACUUCUGUCUGAUUCAGGGUCCCUGCAUUUGCAUUGCCGAGCAAUGACUCACAUGCAAACCAAGCUUCAAGGGGUUAAAGAAGACUGCAACCUACUGAAAUGGCCAAAAGAUAAUUUAUUGAUAAUGUAUUAAACUGUACAAAACAAAUGAAAAUAAAUCCAUUACUUAUGCA